AUUUGUUAACACGUACGCUCUGUUUCACACAGCAUCAUGUGACCAGGCUGUGGCUCACUUUCUAACACAAAAGAAACAAAGUAGGAAGUAUCAGACUACAGCUGCCAGAGAGACCAGCACUUUUACAAAGAGAGGCAGAGAAUCAGCAGUUCCUAAGAUCUUAAAUACCAUUAUAGAGACCUGGUUCCUGCCCUGCUUGAAGGGAAAACUCGCCCCCGACACCUAUGGAAAGAAUGCAUGUUUACUUGAAUAUAAGCUGCUUACAAUAAGAACACGGAAAGGAAUGCAGGAAGGCUGUAUGCUUCCCCCACACACAUUCCUAUCACCAACUGUGACGUGAUUCUAUACACAGGAAGUAGCAUCGCAGGAAGGAGGGGUAACAGGGCUAAUCAUUUAAAGCACUAAACAGUUUCACGUCACAUCGCACACAGAUGAAAGAAGAAAUCCCACCUCAUUCUCCAUUCUUAGGUGAGCAACUUUCUACACCUCAGGAGCAUCAGGAGACAUCACAGAGAGUCAACUGCAAGAUCUGUGGAGACAGAGCAUCAGGGUUUCAUUAUGGGGUGCAUGCAUGUGAGGGUUGCAAGGGAUUCUUUCGUCGCACCAUACGGAUGAGACUGCAGUAUGAAAAUUGUGACCGCAACUGUAAGAUCCAAAAGAAAAAUCGGAACAAAUGUCAGUACUGCCGAUUCAACAAGUGUUUGAGCCUUGGCAUGUCCCACAAUGCAAUCAGGUUUGGGCGCAUGCCAGAGUCAGAGAAGAGGAAGCUAGUGCAGGCACCAGUAACGGAUUCAGCUGCCCCUGAUUCUCCAGUGUCUGACUUGGAUGCUCUGUCACAGCUUAUCCACUCUUCCUACAUGAACACUUUUACCAUGACCAAGAAGAGAGCACGGGACAUCCUGACUGGCAGAAGCACUAUCACGCCCUUUGUCAUACACGACAUGGAUACUCUAUGGCAAGCAGAGCAAGGGACCGUGUGGGAGCAGCUGCCCACCCAAGACCUUACAGGGACAGAGAUCGGAGUUCAUGUAUUUUAUCGUUGCCAAUGCACUUCUGUGGAGACUGUUCGUGCACUUACUGACUUUGCCAAAAGUGUUCCUGGCUUCAGCACACUCUACCUCAAUGACCAGGUCACACUUCUAAAAUAUGGAGUCCAUGAGGCUAUCUUUUGCAUGCUGGCAUCCCUUAUGAACAAAGAUGGGCUGCUAGUUGCUGGGGGGCGUGGCUUUGUUACCCGUGAGUUCCUGCGCAGCCUUCGUCAGCCAUUUUGUCAUAUCAUGGAGCCCAAGUUCCACUUUGCCUCCAAGUUCAAUGCACUGGAACUAAAUGACAGUGAUCUGGCACUUUUUGUGGCAUCCAUCAUCCUAUGCGGUGAUCGUCCAGGCCUCAUUAAUCCCUCACAGGUAGAGGACAUCCAGGAGGGUAUUCUAGGUGCUCUCAGACGUCAUCUCAAGACAUCUCACACAGAUGCUCCUUUUCUGUUUCCUAAACUUCUGCACAAGAUGGCUGACUUGCGUCAGUUAGUGACUGAACAUGCAGAGCUUGUUCAGAGUAUAAAACGAACAGAAUCCAGCGCUGCUCUGCACCCAUUACUGCAAGAGAUUUACAGAGACAUGUAUUGAUGAUGUUUAAACAAGAACCUUAUAAAAGGCAUUAUUCCUUUAAAGCUUUAUAUGUCCACUAAUGAUAUUCAGUUUACCUAUAUAUUAUUUUAUUUUAUAAACAAUAGUCUUAAUGUUUAGUAACUACUUUUCUCAAUAACAUCAGAUUUGCAUUUGAGUUUAACACUAACUUAGUCACUUCUAUAAAAUAAACUUAAUUUUUUUUUUGUAAAGGAUACAGCCUUGUAAGCCUCUCCAUGGUAACAUGUAUACUUUGUGUAUGCUUAUAUAAAAGCAUGAAGACAUAUCCUUAA